AUGCUUGCUUUGCGAUCCCCUGGUCGCCAUCGUUUGUUAUGCUUCAGCCUCUUGUGUUCGAACAUAGCUGUUAAGGCUACAACUCCAGAAAACCUGAACAGCUUCCGGUGGGACGGCCCGGCUAAAAGUGAUUAUACGACCGAUGACUUAUUCGCUGCCUUGUCGCCAAAUCACGCUCCCGGCGUUACUCCCCCAGAAGAAUUAGUGUGGGCAGAACUACUAGAACAGCCACCUUCACGCUCGAAAUUGGGAGACCCAAAGUCUCCUGUUAUACCUUCCGAUUUCAUUGCACAUUCAGCCCGGACUUUCUCGCCGGAACUGCUACCUCCGGGGGGUCUGGUAGCCUCCCCCCCAUCGAGCCAUCUGCACCGCUCGACUGAGCAAGUGGGCGGCAUAAAUCAUUCCAUCAACCCUAGUGUUGUGCAACUUGAUGAAACUAGAAGCCUAAGCUCACCUGUAACUCCAGGACAUCAACCAGUAGUCGACGAAUCAUCUGACGUUGAAACAAGUGCACAUCGGUCUAUAAACAGAAUGCAGAGAUUGACCGAACUGGCAAUUCUCAUUCAAAAGUAUCAAUCCCGCCCGUCCCAUCGAACCUGUUUGUCACCAUCGGGUGAAAUCUUGAUACCCUAUCUCAAAAAUCAAAAGAUUGGUUUUGAAGGAAAACUGAAGACUGUGGAUUUCGGGAAACUCGACUUCAAAGGCAUCGCUAGCUUGGACAAAACCAUUCACCCCGCUUUGCCAUAUGCGAGGUAUAAGCGUGGCGACCAGAGCGAAUUGCUGAGAGUCUUGAGAAGAACAACACAAGAAUUACAGAAGGAUUCAAGAUUAAUUUUGAAUUACAGGAAUUUGAUCAUAUUCAUGCAGAAAAUCUAUGAAGAAUUUUUAGACAACUUGAGAAUCCCCACAGUCGCGCAAGUGCAAUACCAACAAGAAAUGCUAGACUGGCUGGAUAGAGAAAUCUUUGGUCCAACUAUCGGUCAUCCAGUUUUAGGGUUCAUCGAACCACCAUACCCAAUUUGGACGGCAGAUCCAUUGGAUAAAACCACUGGAGCAAAUCAAGUUUUACUAAUAGAAUACUUCUCCCAGCGGGAACACGAUCUUGACAUCCUACCCGCUACUUCUUUUAAGCUACUCAAAAAAUUCCAACGUGAGGAAUCAACUGCAAAAUUAUUUCAAGAAGCAGAAUUUCAAUUCAAGACUGUUGAACCCCUCCGAGGAAGCUUAUCAUUUCUCUCGCUGCUUGUCCGAAAUUAUAAUUCUCGCGGAACGGGACGCGAUAAACACAGAAUUCUACACGAUUCAACCCUUGAUGUGGUCACAGACAUCUUAUCGAAUUUCAAACAACAAAGUGAUCGGCUCAAAGUGGAAUCUUUAAAUGUCAAAUUCUAUCAUCCGAAGUUGUCGAUCGCAAUAUAUGAUUCCAAACACCUUCAAACUACCCAACAGUCUCAGCCACUGCGAGUUUUGGCGUACAAAAAUUCAUUUCCACUCAAAGAGGGAAGCGUCUUAGGUAUCUUGAGAAGAUUGAUGAAGGCUUUGGAUGCCUUCCACAUACAUGUUUUAAGGAAAUUGCUUGAUUUGGACACUGGAAUAGCAAAUCACAAGAACAUACGAAAAGACUUGCUGGAGUGGUUGAUUCAGGGUAUCAUCAAACCAACCGGCAGUCUACCGGUUCAUGGACUGGUUCAAAUCAAAGAUGAUCGCCCACCUUGGGCCGAUUUGUCCGAGGAAGAUUCUCUCAAUCUCUUUGGACCUGUUCAAAGGAAGUUGAUUGAAUACUUUUCUAAGGAUGAAAAAAGAAUGUUUGCAAAGAGAGAGGAACUUAUAUAUUUUUUGGCCACUUGGUAUACAUACUAUCAUCCCACUCAAUUGGAACUUUUGAUGAAAUAUGUGAAGUUGAAAGAUCAAGAAGAUUUGAGUCAUGGGUUUCUCUUGUGA